UAAUGAUUUUCGGGGGAAGCUGAGCGCGCAGGCGUGUUGCGGUGUGGGUGGAUUUGGGGGCCCGAGUGAACAGGGCGGCGUUUCUAUGGUUUCUCUUUAAUCCGCCACAUGGAUAUGGGCACAUCGCAUCUUCUGUUUCUGGUUUUGACGUAUUUGAUCGGAUGAUACGUUGCAGCAGCGAGCUAACGUACUCCGAAUCGGCCGAGGUCGAGUUUUGUUGAUGUAUUUAAGGCCUCUCGCCGCUGAACAAGAGCCUCUUUGAAGCUUUUAUGUAAUGGUCCGCUCUGGCCAGGAAUAUUCUGGACUCGUUUUAUCGAAGAAAACGUUUUCCAGUCAAGACGACACGUUUGGAAAUGCAUACAAGCAGCUAAAGCCCAGCCCUGAGGAUCAUCUGUGAAUAACACACCGCGUCUCUCACACAGGUGUCUUGUACAUAAAGGAUGCCAAUCUGUUGAAACAGCUGAGGCUGCCCUCCUCCUUGAGCAUUUCAUUAUUCCUACACCGAAGACAGAUUUGAAGUUAAUGUUUCGUCAGGAGGUUGGUGUCCUGUCCUUUAUACCGUCUUGUUCGUACCUUUUCCAAUACGAGCAGAGGAACAUGUCUCGGUAUAACAUCUACAGUCUGCUGGACUGGAUCUAUGGAGGGGUGGACCCCAUGUUUGAGGGCAACGGAGGGCCUGAGUGCGCAGCCUUCCUCUCUCCACGGCAGAGAGUAUUUGAGACUCUGAUCAUUGUGGUGUUUUCUAUUCUGGAAGUGGUGGUGGCCAUCAAGAAGCUCCAUGUCCCUAAAGAGGUCAGGGAUGUUGGGAAGGAUGGCAGGAGGAGUAAGGAAGACAGCUGGGGCAAGAACCUGUUGCUUGUGGCUCUGUGCAUGACAUUUGGUGUUGAGGUUGGCUUUAAGUUUGCAACCAAGACUGUGAUCUACCUCCUCAAUCCAUGUCAUGUGGUCACAAUGGUGCAAAUCUUCCUGCUUGCAUGUCCCCCCUGUAAAACUGCCAUGGUUAUCUUUAGACUUCAGGUACACAUGUUGAAUGGAGCCCUUCUAGCUCUUCUCUUCCCAGUAGUCAACACUAGACUGCUUCCAUUUGAAAAGGAGAUCUAUUAUAUUCAACACUCCAUGCUGUAUCUUGUGCCAUUCUACCUCUUCAGAAAAGGAGGUGUGUAUAAGCCAGAGCCGCUUGGUGACAUGUGGUGGGCGCUGCUGUCCACGGGAAUCCUCUUCCUCUACCACUUUUUAUUCCUCCAGGGCCUCGGCAUGUUGACAGAAGUGAAUUUGAACAACAUGCUGUGUCCCGCUGUCUCUGACCCCUUUUAUGGACCAUGGUACCGAGUAUGGGCAACGGGCCACCAGACCGCCUUGACUUUACUCCACGGCAAGGCUCUGACCAUCCUCUCGCAGCACACUGCUCCCACGUGCCGCUAUUUACUGGAUAUAGCACGUCUACGCAACAAGAAGGUGGACUAGUGUUUUUAUCAGCAGUCGUACAUGGACAAAACCUCAUGCCCCUUGAACUGAAACUUGUCCAGCAUCCUAGAUAAAAGCCUAACUUUUAGUACAUACCUUUAUUUUCCUAUUUGUUGUUGUUUGGUCCAAACCUGGUUUCUCAAAGCUGGAUUGAAAGAUUGUUUUUACACCGGUCCUGUUUUUGCAGGACUCAAGCAACAUUAACCUUGCCUUUUUCUUUUUAGUUCGAACGUUUAGCAAAAUGAAGAUUCAGUGAACUCGCAACAGACGUAACCUUUCUUCUCAUGUUGCCUUCUUUAGUUACGCUCAUCGAACAGUGAAAUGGGGCCAACCCAGUUCCCUUUACUCUGCUGAAUAGCUAUUGUGCGGUUAUAAACACUGCAGUUCCUCGCGCCUUGUGUCCCGGCAAUGCAGUUUUAAAAGAUUGUCUCAAAAUUACACUUUGUUAUUGUUGACCUGUUACAGAAAGCAUAAAUGUGGUGGUACUGUAUGUCUAGGAGAUUUUCCAGGGCAUUUCCAAUCCCCUUGCAGUAUCUUUCUUUGAUACGGUCAUGUAAAUAGUCAGAACUCUACAUUCUAAGCUGAAGCCAUUAGCUGAAGGUGUCCAUUUGAUUCCAUUAGCCACUCCACUGGUGAUGUUAUUCAAGGGAAAUGACAGCAUUGUAUCAUAGCGAAUUGACUGUUGUUUGUAGAUAGACAGAAUGACCAUUUUAACUGAUAGUUCUUUAGAUGUUUCUCACUGGGCCAGUUAAAAAGAUUAAACUUGUUUUUUUUUUUGUUUAGCUAAACAGUUAUCUAUAAAAAAUUUCAGUUCAGUGGAAAAUUUUACAAACAACUAAAUCGAUUAAACUUGGGCAUGGCUGUUUCAGACUUGCAUUAAAGUGUUUACCUUAUUCUGUACAUCAAUGACUGUGUUUACCUUAUCCAUGAAAACAAUGUACAAAAAAACGGUUUUGAAACAAGCCCAAUAUGUAGCCAAAUGAAAUUGAAGAUGAGCAUUUGGAGGUUCUAUUGGUCCCAGAAAAACUGCUCAGCACUUGAAGCAUAUUCCAUCAUUUCCACAUCAAAGAUCCAAGCAUAAAAUCUAAGUUUGGGAAGCAGUUUGUGGUUGUUGAGAUAAUUGUAAGGAAUACUGGUUGCAGUCUAAUGAUUUAUGGGAUCACUCUCAUUUCAAUGUAUGUAAUUUGACUGAAAGGGAAACUUUAGUUCUGAUCUCAAUUUUGUACAUAUGUUUUUAUGAAAUAUGGUCUAUAUUAAAGGUCUUCUCCAAUGUGUAGCAUCCAUGA